UUGAUGUGACCACAGCACUGCCCUUGCAAGUUGCGCCGACUUCAGUCCCGAUGGAUCUGCGCUUGGACCACCAGUUUUCCAUGCCCGUGACGGAGCCGACGCUGCGGGAACAGCAGCUCCAGCAGGAGCUCCUGGCACUCAAGCAGAAACAGCAGAUCCAGAGACAGAUCCUCAUCGCCGAGUUCCAGCGGCAGCACGAGCAGCUCUCCCGGCAGCACGAGGCUCAGCUGCAUGAGCACAUCAAACAGCAGCAGGAGAUGCUGGCAAUGAAGCAUCAGCAGGAGCUGCUGGAGCACCAGAGGAAGUUGGAGCAGCACCGACAGGAGCAGGAGCUGGAGAAGCAGCACCGAGAGCAGAAACUUCAGCAGCUGAAAAACAAAGAGAAAGGAAAAGAGAGUGCAGUGGCAAGCACAGAAGUAAAGAUGAAAUUACAAGAAUUUGUCUUAAAUAAGAAGAAGGCAUUGGCACACCGGAAUCUCAACCACUGUAUAUCCAGUGAUCCUCGCUUCUGGUAUGGGAAGACACAGCACAGCUCUCUGGACCAGAGCUCCCCACCCCAAAGUGGCGUAUCCGGCACCUACAAUCACCCUGUACUGGGGAUGUACGAUUCCAAAGAUGACUUCCCACUCAGAAAAACAGCAUCUGAACCCAAUCUGAAGUUAAGAUCCAGACUAAAGCAAAAAGUUGCUGAAAGACGGAGCAGCCCCCUCUUGCGCAGAAAAGAUGGUCCGGUGGUUACUGCUCUUAAGAAGCGUCCGCUGGAUGUCACAGGUACGUCGGACUCUGCAUGCAACAGUGCUCCUGGAUCUGGUCCCAGCUCUCCAAACAACAGCUCCAAUAACAUAAGCACCGAGAACGGAAUUGCGGGAUCAGUCACGAGUAUUCAAGCAGAGACCAGCCUGGCUCACAGACUUGUGAAUCGUGAAGGCUCGGUAACACAGCUUCCACUCUACACGUCUCCUUCUUUGCCCAACAUCACGCUAGGACUGCCUGCAACUGGCCCUUCCAGCGGAGGAUCAGCACAGCAGGAUGCGGAGAGACUUACUAUCCCAACCUUACAGCAGCGGAUCUCUUUAUUUCCUGGCACUCACCUCACUCCCUACUUGAGCACUACAACGUUGGAAAGAGAUGGGGGAACUGCACAUAACCCUCUUCUGCAACACAUGGUCUUACUGGAACAGCCAACCGCACAAACUCCCUUAGUCACAGACUGGUAUCUUUCAGGACUGCCCCUCCAUGCACAGUCUCUGGUUGGUGGAGAACGGGUCUCCCCUUCAAUACACAAACUCCGGCAGCAUCGCCCGCUGGGGCGCACGCAGUCUGCUCCCCUUCCCCAGAACGCCCAAGCCCUCCAGCAGUUAGUGAUCCAGCAGCAGCACCAGCAGUUCUUGGAGAAACACAAACAGCAAUUCCAGCAACAGCAACUGCACAUCAACAAG